AUGGCAUCCGCAGAAUCACCAAUCAAUGCCAACCACAUUGACGACGCUGGCCUUGCCGAUGGCAUGAACCAACUCAACGUGGGUGAUGGAAGAGACGAGCAACCCAAGACCGAGGAAGAAUACGCGCAGUCACAGCUUACCCUCCGGGCCAUUGUCUCUACCAAGGAAGCCGGUGUUAUCAUCGGCAAAGCAGGCAAGAACGUUGCUGACCUACGCGAUGAGACCGGUGUCAAAGCUGGCGUCAGCAAGGUCGUCCAAGGUGUUCAUGACCGUGUUCUCACCGUCACCGGACCCCUCGCUGGUAUUGCAAAGGCCUACUCUCUCGUUGCCAAAGGCCUCUUGGAGGGUGCACCUCAAAUGGGCAUGGGUGGUGUCAUUCAAAACAAUGGAACUCACCCCAUCCGUUUGUUGAUCUCCCACAACCAAAUGGGUACCAUCAUUGGUCGUCAAGGUCUCAAGAUCAAGCACAUCCAGGACGUCUCUGGUGUGCGGAUGGUUGCCCAAAAGGAAAUGCUACCCCAAUCCACUGAGCGUAUCGUCGAAGUUCAGGGCACGCCAGAGGGCAUCGACAAAGCCAUCUGGGAGAUCGGAAAGUGUCUAGUCGAUGACUGGCAACGUGGCACCGGCACCGUUCUAUACAACCCUGCGGUCAGAGUGCAAGUCGGCUCGGGCCCUCUACCUCCUGCUGUCGGUGCUGGAACUGGCGGCGUUGGCACUGCUGCAGCACCCGCUGGUGGUAGUUACGGCGGUGGUCGAUCAUUCAAUCGGACUGGCAAUGGUGCUGAUUUUAGCGAGACCAGAGCCUACAACCGUGGCAAUGAUGCUCCCCGUGGUGGAGGAAUUCCCGCCGUGACUGAAGAUGGUGAAGAGGUCCAGACCCAGAACAUCAGCAUCCCUGCCGAUAUGGUCGGCUGCAUCAUUGGACGAGGAGGAUCCAAGAUCAGUGAAAUUCGAAAGAGCUCCGGUGCAAGAAUCUCCAUCGCCAAGGCGCCUCAUGAUGACACGGGUGAAAGAAUGUUCACCAUCAUGGGCAGCGCCAGUGCCAACGAGAAAGCCUUGUACCUCUUGUACGAGAACUUGGAAGCCGAGAAAGGUCGUCGACAGCAGAUUUCGAUGGAAUGA